CCAUGUUCCAUGCUACCGAGAAUGGUAGCAUGAAAUGUGUUUUCAUUCUACCAAGAAUGAUUACAACUUCUUUUUGCUUGUGAAUUUUAGUGAAUUUGUGUUAAAUCAUAGCAAGUAAUUUUAUUUUUUGUGAUCGCUUAUUCUUUUGGAUUUAGAGAUGUGUGGCUCAGUGAAGAGCACGUUUCUUCCAGAUGUACCUUUCUCACAUGUUCUUCUCACAUUAACUAUUUCAAUUUUGCUUUUGCAAGAAGCUCAAACUUUACAUCUCAGCCAGUGUGAUAUAAGAUGAAGAUAUGCAUCAUUAUUAAAUGGAGCCCAGGCAGCACCAAGAGGAGGUUAUCCAGAUGAAAGAAGAGAUGGCACUUCUGAAGGAGGAACUGACACGUCGUAAUCAAGAGGGCAUUGCCCGUUUGGAUGGGGAACUGACCACACUGAAGAAAAACUGCGACUCACUGAGUGAACAGGUGGUCGGACUGGAGGGAGAAGUGGCCACACUGAAGAAGGAGGUGACUACACUGAAGGGGGGCAACGCCACAGUGAAGGGAGACAAGGCCACACUGAAGGGAGACAACGCCGCACUGAAGAGAGACAACGCCGCACUGAAGGGAGACAACGCCACACUGCGUCAGGAGGUGGUCCAUCUACGUGAAGAAGUGGUCCGCCUGCGACAGGCUGUCCUCGAGGAGCGCACCACUCGCCAGGUCGUCGUGGAGGAGCUGCGGCAGGAGGUCCGCCGGCGAGCGGCGCCAUCCGACCGCUCGCAGAGUGACGGCGAUGAGGUGGCUUCACCGAAGGGGGACACUUGUGACAAGUGUGGCGCCAUCAGAAACUGUGACGUCAUCACCCAAGCUGAGGAGGAGGCGGGACUGGCGGGCGCUGACGUGCGAGAGGCUGCACCGCAAUGGGCCUCUGCCAUUUGCCUUCUGGACCACGAGUUGUUGAAGAUGGUGCUGAGCAAGAUGGACUGCUGGGAGAUGUUCCGCGCCAGGCGGGUCUGCCGUCGGUGGCGGUCCGCCGUUGACGAUAUCGUCAGCGACCGUCGGCGGGAGCUAACCGAUCAGCAAACCCGCGGUGGAGAGGUCCCUGCGCCGGCCACGAGCCUGGAGCUCGUAUUGAAGGUGCAGGACCAGCCAAAGCUGACCGAACUGCAGGCGCCGACCACUGAGACGGACACCGACCUCCGACUGGUCGCGGCCACCUGCCACGCCCUGGAGAAGGCCAACCUGCGCGGCUUCAAGCUGCGGGUCUCUGCCCUGCGCAGGCUGGCGCGUGCCAACGCCUCCAGUCUGCGUGAGCUGACGCCGCCGGCCGGCAUCAACGACUGGCAGCUGGAGGCGCUGCUGGAGCCGCUGAAGGGUCUGGAGCGGCUCGAUGUGAGCCCACCAGUGGACAGCUCCGGCAAGUGGCUGCGGCUGCUGCCCCAGUCGCUGAAGAGACUGGACAUCACUGGAUCUGGGAUGGCUUGGUGGUCAUUGAAUCACUCCAGAUGGUCGUCAUCUGGACUAGGUGUCAGUAUCCAGAUACCAACGGACACACUCCUGGACCAGCUGGCUGUUCUGGCGACCCGUCCAAUCACCUGCCAACCUACCAAGCUGUUCAUCACCAAACGGGAGCCGCCGUCUGUGACACCGGAAGCGACGGGACGCCUCCUGACUGCCCUCUCCGGCUUGGAGGACGUCACUCUUCGCGAACCCGGCGUCAUUUCCGAAACUGUGCUCGCCGCCCUCCACGGCUGCUCCCAGCUGGAUACACUUGAGCUUGAAGACACCCGGCCCCUCACGGACAUCCCUGCCCUGACCCAGUCAGAGGUGGCAGCCGUCAGCAGGAUGGCAGUGACCUGCAGGAAACUGAAGGACCUGUUCAUUGAAUCCUCAACUGAAAACUGCCAGGCCGUCCUGACCGCCCUGCACGAGACAGACCUGGGAUGUGACAGUGGCCAGUCCCGUACCAUCAACCUCCGGGUCCCAAAGUCUGUAUACGACAAGCUUACCAAGCCUCCCAAUGGCAGCAAAAUUUGCUUGCAGUACUAUACCUAAACGACGAUCUUCCCGGUGCCUCGACCGCUUCGGUGCUGGGUGGCAGUGUCGGAACUUGACAACAGAUGGCAGCACCGUGUCUAGUCUGUAGUGUCGGAACUCGACAACAGGUGGCAGCACCGUGUCCCGUCGGCAGCGCUGUUCUGUACACAAUGCACGUCUAGACCUUCAUAUCCAGAAGUACUUCGAGCCGCCCUGUCCCAUCGGGCCAGGUCCGCGGGUACUUUACCGCCGUGCCAGGCUGGUUUGGGUUGAGUGGCCACCUAAAUGCUUGAUCAUUUGAGCACAGAUUGCUACGUUUGUUGACACUGCUUUGAUAGACAGUAGGUAUAUUCAGUAUCUGAGAUGUAUCACGCUCUGGGCCACUGUCCAGCCGUCGGUAAACCGUGGUCACCGUGCCGGAGGUGCCGCCGUGGUGACGUCACGUGUGUUGUGACGUGACGUCACGCUGGCUCACACCGCUGUGCUGUUGUGUCGUAAUUUCAGUUUAGACCAGAGAGUGGUUGGAGCUAGCUGUGAGGGUGUCCGGUCCGGGCGAUAUCGGACCUCGCCCGUCACUGUGUCGGACCGUCGGUGGUCCGGUCGGCUGUGGUUCGUUUGGACCGGAUAUGUCCGGUUCGGUGUCGUUCAUGGGAUAUCACGGGCUGAUGGCGAUUGAAAUACACAGUGGUUCAGACGUUCAA